UCUAUGAACUCUUUUGUCCCAACGUGAAUGUCAGGGAUUUUAAAACGCGAGUUAUUACUCCUCCCACAACAAUGCUGUAGUACGACUCAAACCGGCUAGUAACUACGAAGCCAGAACAGGUUUUUCUCCAUGUCCUACUUAGCUUCACGGUGUUCCUGAUAACCCACCAGAAAAUAUCCCUCACACAGCCACACUGGAUUGUCAAACGACGGACACUUGGAACCUAUCGCGCUUUAACACGCUGUUUGUUAACCAUAAAAACCGUGAGCAUAUAAAGGAUGAAUUCAAUACGACAGGUGCCUUCGCGGGUUAAAAGCAAAAGGACGGAAACGAUUUUAGGAGCCGAGAGGGAGCAUUUCGAAAAACAGCAGCUAACCAGUAUCAGUAAGGCCAUCAAUUCCACAGAGACGCCGCUGAAGGAGAAACAUGCACGCAGAAUUAUUUUGGGAACCCACAGAGAGAAGGGGGCAUAUACCUUCUGGUCAUAUGCUGUUGGUCUGCCCUUGCCAAGCAGUGCCAUCCUUAGCUGGAAGUUCUGCCAUGUAUUGCACAAAAUAUUGCGUGAUGGUCACCGAAAUUCCUUACAAGACUGCAUGAGACACUACAGCAGCGUUGCUGAGACAGGGUUACUAUGGAAUAACACACGGGACAGACAUGGGUAUGGACAGCUGGUUUCUCUAUAUUCCAAACUACUCUGCACCAAGAUGGAGUUUCACACUAAGCAUCCUGAAAUCCCAGCCAGUCUGGAAGCCACAGAUGAAGUCUUGGAGCGUACAGCGGGAACAGACAUCAAUAAUGUGUUCCAGCUCACAGUAGAAGUGUUUGACUACAUGGACGCAGAGCUUAGAGUAGCAGAAGCUGUGCUCCGCCAGCUCAACAUGUCUAUUGCUAUCUCUACACUGACAUCAGGCCAGUGUAAACUAGCACCCCUCAUCCAAGUCAUCCAGGACUGCAGUCACCUCUACCACUACACCGUCAAACUGCUCUUCAAACUGCACGCCUGUUUACCAGCAGACACACUUCAGGGACACCGUGAACGCUUCCAUGAACAGUUCCAAAGCCUCAAAACAUUCCUCAAUAAAGCUCGAGACAUGCUAUACUUCAAGAGGCUCAUCCAGAUACCCAGACUGCCUGAUUCUCCACCCAACUUCCUUAGGGCAUCUGCCCUAGCAGAGCAUGUUAAACCCAUGGUUGUCAUCCCAGAUGAUGAAGAGCUUGAGGAGCAGGAAGAGGAUGAACCUGAGCCUCUGAUAGAUGUUAGCGAGGCACAGCCUAGCAUGGCCUCUCAACCACAGGCUGAUAUAUUUGAUCAAGCAUUUGGACCAGCCAGUGAUGGAUUUGAUGAUAGAGAUCUUCAAAUCGAACAACUGAAACGAGAAAUUGAACUUCUGAAAGCAGAGCUUGAGAAGAUCAAAGGAGAGGCUCAACGCUAUAUCACACAGCUCAAGUCGCAGAUCAACAGUCUUGAGACAGAACUGGAGGAGCAGCGUUUGCAGAAGCAGCGCACCCUGGUGGAGAAUGAGCAGCUACGCAUGGAGUUAGAGGCCCUCCGCCGCCGCAACACUGAACAUGAGAGCAUGCAGACCAACUUUGUUGAGGCAGAAAAAAGAUCCCAAGCAACAGAGUUGCGUUAUAAUAAAUUAAAGGAAAAACAUGCUGAACUGGUUGCCAACCACGCUGAACUUCUCCGAAAGAGUGCAGACACAGUAAAGAUGCUGUCAGCCACACAACAAACUCAAGAGGAAAUUGAACGAACUAAGCAACAGUUAGCCUUUGAGGUAGAAAGAGUCAGACAAGAAUCAGACAUGAAGUUUGAAGAACAGAGGUUUGACAUGGAUAGGCUGAGGAGGGAGCUUGAAGAGAAGAAUGCAGAGAUCCAGAAAGUCAAGACUUUAUUACAGACCUCUGAGAAGGCAGGAGAGCAGGUGAACAGCUCUUUGGCUGCACUUCGGGCAGAAAAGGAGAGACUAACACAGUCUAUAAGUAAGAAAGAUGCCGAGCUAUCCACCCUGAUGAAGGAAGCUCAGCUGAAAGAGUGUUCUUUACAGCAGGAACGAGAUAAGACCAUCAGGGAGCUGGGAGAACUACAAAGCAAACUCAAAGAAAAGUUAAGUCAUGAAGAGCAGCUGCAGCAGAAGUUGCUGGAUGAGCAAUUUGCACUACUGCAGGCGACAGUCACUGAGGCUGAGAACAUCAUUCAAGGUGCCGUUUCUACACUAGAUGACCCACUGCACAUCAGCUCUUCCAGCUCCCCAGAUUACCUUAUUAGCCGAGCAGAGGCUACGCUCAGCUCCAUUGAUAAGGUGCAAGCAGGCCACUCUGAGUAUGUGAGGAGUAUGAGAGAUGCUGGGAGCCUCGUUAGGGCUCUUACUAAGUUUUCGCAUCUUACUGCUGACACAAUAAUUAGUGGAAGUGCGACAGCACACAUGGCCCCUACUGACGACGCUGACCGUUUGACAGAGCACUGUAAGAGUUGCGCCACCCAAAGCCUGCAGUACCUUAGGGAUCUUAAAUCAAAAGCAUCUCUAAAGGGGGCUGAUCCUACCUCGAUUCAAGCAGCGGUACAAAAGAUUCUUAGAAUAGGAAAGGAUCUGAGGCCAAAAGGCAUAGAUGUUGGUAAGGAAGAGCUGGGUGACAUGGUGGAUAAAGAAAUGGCUGCUACCUCUGCUGCUAUUGAGGAGGCUGUUAGGAGAAUUGAUGAGAUGAUGAGUCAGACCAGGAAGGACACAACAGGAGUCCAACUGGAGGUCAAUGAGAGAAUCCUCAAUAGCUGCACUGACCUUAUGAAGGCCAUUCGUCUUCUGGUGAUAGCAUCAACAGACCUGCAGAAGGAGAUUGUGGAGAGUGGAAGGGGCGCAGCUUCGGUGAGAGAAUUUUAUGCCCGUAACUCUCGCUGGACAGAGGGUCUUAUUUCUGCCUCCAAAGCUGUGGGAUGGGGUGCAACACAGAUGGUUGAUUCUGCUGAUAAAGUGGUGUUGCACACUGGGAAGUAUGAAGAGUUGAUUGUCUGCUCUCACGAGAUUGCUGCUAGCACUGCACAGCUUGUUGCAGCCUCUAAGGUGAAAGCUGACCGUGGCAGUAAGAAGCUUGGCGUUCUUCAGCAGGCCUCACGCCAUGUUAAUGAGAUGGCUGCUAACGUGGUGGCUUCCACCAAGACUGGACAGGACCAGAUUGAGGAUAAGGACACCAUGGACUUCUCUGGCAUGUCUCUAAUUAAGCUCAAAAAAGAAGAAAUGGAGUCACAGGUGAAGGUUCUAGAGCUUGAAAACAUGUUGGAUAAUGAGCGUCUGCGUUUGGGUGAGCUCAGGAAGAAACACUAUGAGAUAGCAGGUGCUCCUGUAGAUCAACUGGCUCAGGACAAUGGCCUGAGAGCCUCUCCACUUGUGACCGCUGCGCCGUCCUCUCCCAAACCUUCUAAACCCACUCUAAUGAAGAAACCAGCUCUUGCACAAAAACCCAACAUCCCACCCAAAAGCACGUUGAGGUGAGCACAUCUGGAUGAAGAUAUUUGAAGACUUGUUGAAUCUCAAAUCACCAUGCAUCCAAAACCCUUCUUAAAUCUUCCUAUUAUGUUUCAUUUUUUCCACUUUCUAUGUCUUGUCACUCAAAUGUUUUUCCGUAUCUUCCAUGUCAGACCUUUGCCUUUUUUUCCAUUUGAGAGUGCCUUAGAGGCUACAGAUUAUUUUAAAAAUAUAUCCUAGAUAUAGAGCUAUAGUACUGGGUGUUCAUCAUUUGUGUACAAUUUCAAAUCAUUUCAUUUUUAAAUUAAAGAUAUUUUGUUUUAUUUACAUUACACAUAGUAUGUAAUAGGGCAAAUAAUGAAUAAAGUCUGACUUAAAGAGAUAGUUCACCCAAAACAAUUAAAAUUCUAACAUAAGCUCACUGAAAAAAAAAAAAGAAAAACUCCAAAAA